ACGCAAAGUACUACUGGUGAAUUGCAGAGAUCACAUACAACACUGCACUAGAAGGAGUCAAGGGCUGAAAAUUUUUUAUACCCGAGAUCUUCAAGUACCUUAUUGCCAAUAUGCACAACUCUAUUGCAUCACUAGAAAAGAAUUGCUCAGAGCUCAAAUAUGAAUUUGAGUCAACCAAAGAGAAGAAUAACACACAAAUAGCGGACAUUAAUAACUCAAAACCUCCCUAUAGUUAUGUCGCACUCAUUGCCAUGGCUAUUCAGAAUUCACCCCUUAAACGUGCUACACUUAACGAAAUUUACAGUUACAUUACAACGCGUUUCCCAUAUUUCGAACAAAAUAAAAAAGGUUGGCAAAAUUCCAUACGACACAAUUUGAGUUUGAAUGAAUGCUUCAUCAAGGUGCCACGUGAGGGUACGGGCGAAAGGAAAGGCAAUUAUUGGUCUCUGGAUACGCAAUAUGAAAAUAUGUUCGAAAAUGGCAACUAUCGAAGGAGAAGAAGAAUGAAGCGGCCUUACCGUUCGGUGGGUCAUUUUCCGAAAUUGCUGACGGAUGCCUGCCCAUCGAAAUUGAUUUUCAAUCACACACCUUGUCAGACAUACUACAGAUACAACACAAAUACUCAAUGGAUACCCACACAGCCUUUGUCUACUUACUGCCCGCCAGCAGUUAGGAGUACCUUUCCGAAUAACUCAGCGACAAGUUUCUCACCUCCUUUAUUGGGUGCGAAUAACUACAACAGCAUAAUGAAUCCGGAAGGAAUUUCUACCGACAGUGUGAAGCUGCCAGAUUCAUGUCCAUAUCCAAUUUGGAAUACGAUUCCUGAUUUGAUGAUAAAAGAGGAGAUUACAACAGCAAGCCCUUGCGAUGCUACAUUGAUAGGUUGUCAGAAGCAGUAUGCUUUACAUUAAUGAAUAUGAUAAAAUUGUGCACAAAAACAUAUCUACAUAGGUACAUAUUAUACAUACAAAUGUA